CGCAUGCGCAAUAUAUACACAUGUGGAAGAUGUUCACGAAGGGGCGCCUUUUACUGCGACAUUACUCUUCAACUGCUGCCAAGUCUCUGCUUGGAACAUUGCGGAGAAGAAGCGGCUUCCCACUCAUGAAGUGCAAGGAAGCUCUGACCAAGUUUGGCAGUGAUCUUGAGGCCGCAGAGACAUGGCUGCAGGAAGAAGCGCAGAAGGAAGGGUGGACGAAGAUGGCCAAGCUACAGGGGCGCCAGGCGAAGCAGGGACACAUAGGACUCGCUGUGGCCGACAAUAAAGCCGCUAUGGUCGAGGUGAACUGCGAAACGGACUUUGUCGCGCGAAACGACCAGUUCAAAGCCCUGGUCUCUACAAUAACUGGAGCAACCUUCAACCACCUUACACCCAAACUACUCACCGCUACCAAUCUUGCCUCGCUUGAUGUUCUAAUCUCCGAUUCAAUACUCAACGUCUCAACCAACGAAGACGGAGAUGGUGGGUCUGUAGCUGAUUGUGUGGCUAAGACAGUCGGACACUUCCAGGAAAAGAUCUCCGCGUCGCGAGGCUGCACACUGAGCUGUACAAGCGGAAUCCUCUGCGGUCAAGUACACAACAACAUCAGCAAUGACGAGACUGUACGAAUGGGGCCAUAUGCGGCUGUACUACACAUGAAUGGCUACGACUCAACAGAAUCCUUAUCCGGCAGAGCAAACUUGGAUGAGUUGAGGAAACUAGGAGAGCAAAUUUGUCAGCAUAUCGUGGGGUUGAACCCGGUGAAUGUUGAAGCGGUCGAAAGUGAAGUUUCACUGGUCGAUCAGAAUUUUCUGUUCGAUGAAUCUGUUACUGUGGGGAGCUUCUGAUGAGGCACAGAGUGUGUGUGACGAGAUUUGUCCGCUAUGCCCUCAGUGAAGAACAAGAUAAUCCAUGGACAAAUUCUUCAAGUCGAUCUUGAUGCAUUGAUGCAUAUUAUAACUGUAGACUGAAACUUGUACUGUAUUUCGCAAAUCGUUAGUCGUUCAUGCACAGUGACAACGAGCCCCUCCCA